AUGGUGUUCAGGUCCCCGCUAGAGCUUUAUCCCACCCAUUUCUUCUUGCCAAACUUCGCCGCCGACCCGCACCACCGCUCCUUCCUUCUCGCCAGCGGCGGCGGCGGCAGCGGCAGCGGCUCGGGCUGCAGCCCCGGUGCCGGCGGCGGUGGAGGCGGCAGCUCCCGGGCACCCCACGAAGAGUUGUCAAUGUUUCAGCUGCCCACACUCAACUUCUCCCCGGAGCAAGUGGCUAGCGUCUGCGAGACGCUGGAGGAGACUGGAGACAUAGAGAGGCUGGGGAGGUUCCUCUGGUCGCUGCCGGUGGCGCCGGGGGCAUGCGAGGCCAUCAACAAGCACGAGUCCAUUCUCCGCGCCCGGGCGGUGGUGGCCUUCCACACGGGCAACUUCCGAGACCUCUACCACAUCCUGGAGAACCACAAAUUCACCAAGGAGUCCCACGGCAAGUUGCAGGCCAUGUGGCUCGAAGCGCACUACCAGGAGGCCGAGAAGCUAAGGGGUCGCCCGCUGGGGCCGGUUGAUAAAUAUAGGGUGAGGAAGAAGUUUCCACUGCCCAGGACCAUUUGGGAUGGCGAGCAGAAGACGCACUGCUUCAAAGAGAGGACUCGCAGCCUCCUGAGGGAGUGGUACCUGCAGGACCCUUACCCCAACCCCAGCAAGAAAAGGGAACUGGCUCAGGCCACGGGGCUCACCCCCACGCAAGUAGGCAACUGGUUUAAAAACCGAAGGCAAAGAGACAGAGCAGCGGCGGCUAAAAACAGGCUCCAGCACCAGGCGAUAGGACAGAGCGGCAUGCGGUCGCUGGCAGAGCCCGGCUGCCCAACACACAGCUCGGCCGAGUCUCCGUCCACGGCGGCCAGCCCGACCACCAGUGUCUCCAGUUUGACAGAAAGAGCCGAGACAGGCACCUCCAUCCUCUCGGUAACCUCCAGCGACUCGGAAUGUGAUGUAUGA